AUGGCUGCCUCUUUGCGCAUGCCAUUCGUGUCCCUCUCUGCCGAUAACUUUCUCUCCAGAGGAGCGGGAGGGCAUGUCUUCAUCAUCAGUUCUCGCGUCGUGUUCAACUGCCCGACAGAUUUCAAUAAUGCUGCACCACAGCAAAUAGAGGAAGCCAGAGAGAGCGCGACAAGGAUCGCGAGGGAGAAGGUGGUCUACAAGCUUCUAAUGAAGAAUCCACACCCUCAUAUCGCCCGAUGCAUCCUUUGCGUCCCGGAGGGCCUCUUCAUCGAGCGCAUGGAAACGACACUCCAGGCCCGCAUCGACCACCCGGCGUUCGAGGCAACAAGCACACGCACUCGGAUAGGAUGGAUCAGACAGAUCGCAAGCGCCCUGUCAUGGCUUGAAGGGCUAGGCUACGUGCACGGCGACCUGCGGCCAGCCAAUAUCCUCCUGUCCGCAGACGACGCCGUCCGACUUGCCGACUUUGACGCCUCUGUCAAAGCAGGCGACCAGCUGCUCGUCGCAAGCGAGCCGUUCUGCAAGCUCGACGAGAAUUUCGAGCUUCCAGUCGCCGGUCCCAGCAGUGAGCAGUUUGCGCUGGCGUCGUGCAUCUACACGAUUCAGUCCGGCCACGUUCCCCACCAUGAGCUUGACGCGCCGACUAGGGUUCAGAGGCUCAUCUACAAUGACCUGCCCAAGACGGACGACGAUGGGGUUUUCGGCGAUGUAACGCUUAAAUGCUGGCAAGCGGAAUAUGUCUCCAUCAAGGCUGUGUUUGAGGAUGUUGAGUCUCGUUUUGAUACCGGACUCAACUCGUUGCCAAUUGAGGGCCUGGAUCAUGAGAUGCCCAGCCUCCUCGCAGAGUGUGAAGAGUUCUUGGCGAGCGAGCGAGAGAGAGAGAGAGAGAGAGAGAGAGAGAGAGAGAGAGAGGCAAUAAAGACGAAUUAG